UCUCUUUUACACAGUAGAUUCUAGACAAAUAACAAUGAAAGAGUUAUUUAUACUUUUUACUCUGAUAUGCGGAGCAUUUGGAGCAUGGCAAAGCGGAUUGCGCGUCAGGUUCGGUGUCGGUAUGGCCAUUGGCACGGAUGUCUUCAUCCCGAUACCGCGCACGUUGAGUGCGGCGCAGUCCCAGGGUUGGGCUAAGACUGCCCGGCCGUCAGGACCGUUGCCCAGCCUGGUCAUGUACUGUGCGGAUGACCGCAUGAUGUGCGCUCUCUAUGACCCAGAGGGCAUUGUUGCUGGAUUACAAAUCGCUAUUGCACAAAUCGACAUCAGUGGCUCGACAUUCAAUUGGAAUACUCAAGGCUUCGUCGAAUGGACCGCGACAACUGCCGAUGGAACAACUCUCAAGUAUUGGGCUAUCCAGCAAUAUUUUAUCUCACAAGCAACGCUAGACAUGAGCAAAGAAGAUCGUAUGAAGAUGGCUAAGUCCUCGUCUCUGCUGCGUGAAGGCGCUGUGUGGCUUCCAGGCUUCAACGGGAAGCUGAUGCGGAUCUCCGCGAACAGCACUGACCUUGAAAAGAGCUCCUUCACUAUACAAGCUUGCAUUCCUUUGAUGGGUCGUCACUAUUAUUACAAAAUGACACCGACAACGAGUUGCGCGUCCGACACGUUGUUGCCUUGGUUCCCGAUCGGCCACUCCGGGCAGACAAUCGCCACAGGUCUCAUAAUGCACGGUAAACUCGCAUUCAACAAGAGGACUAAGAAAAAUUGGUUCGAAACUCCGGAUAGUGCUGCAGUUCAGGCUGUUGUUCCCAGAGGUCCACAGUGCCUUUACGACUUAGCUGUCAAACCGGGAGUAGUGACCAUCCACACCUACUACGUAGAUGCACCCUGGACUAUUAAUUGCACUGGAAAUUAAUUCAUCUCCUAAAAAGUUUCAGCAAUAAAAUGAACUAACUCAAUCCUAUUUUAAUUAUGGUCA